GGAGGCUGGGGCAGGGGGGUAUUUUCAGCUGGGACUUUGUUGGGACACGAUCGGCGCACAGUGUCGCGCGCAGGGACUCGUCCGCAAGGAGCCGAAAGUCCCCGGGCUGCGCGCGAGAGCGCUGCUGCGGCUCUGCGCUUUUUUUUUUCAUGGGUUUGCAGGGCGAGCUGCUGCUCUGCGUCUUUCACACCAGGACCCCUCUUGCUCUUCUCGGAUCUGCGGCGUCGCGCACCGGCGCCGGGGUCCCGCCACACACGGCGGGCUCGGGCUCGGGCUCGGGCUCUGGCACGCGAGCACCCCGAUGAAACCCCCCCUCCCGUCGCCGGACUCGGAGCGCGGGGUCCACGUGGGUUGAUGGAUUGACUCGGCGGAGGCUUGCGGUUCGGCGCCAGGUUGCCAGGCUGCGAUGCCCCCGCAGGGUGUCGGGGAGUACAAACCCGUGGCGGCGUCGGACGCCCCCCCGGUACCCCCGCGGCGGGUCCCGACCCGGGAUGCGAGCGCGAAGCGCGCGUCCGCGUCCGCUCCUCCAGAGCACAGGGUGAAGUGCGUGCUCGUGGGAGACGGAGCCGUGGGCAAGACGAGCCUGAUCGUGAGCUACACCACGAACGGGUACCCCACGGAGUACGAGCCCACGGCCUUCGACAACUUCUCAGCCAUGGUGGCGGUUGAUGGGAAACCCGUGAAGCUCCAGCUCUGCGACACAGCUGGCCAGGAUGAGUUCGACAAGCUGCGGCCGCUGUGCUACACCAACGCCGACGUCUUCCUGCUCUGCUUCAGCGUGGUGAGCCCCUCCUCCUUCCAGAACGUGACGGAGAAGUGGGUGCCCGAGAUCCGGCGGCACUGCCCGCGGGCGCCUCUCGUGCUGGUGGGCACGCAGUCGGACCUCCGCGAGGACGUCAAGGUGCUCAUCGAGCUCGCCCGCUUCCGGGAGCGACCCGUGGGGCCCGAGGAGGCGCGGCUGUGCGCUCAGGACGUUCGGGCGCUCUCCUACGUGGAGUGCUCGGCGCUGACCCAGAAGAACCUCAAGGAGGUGUUCGACACGGCCAUCGUCGCCGGGAUCCAGCACGCCGAGAGCCAGCAGCAGCAGCGGCUCAAGAAGAGAACUCCCGACAAGAUGAAGAAGCUCUCCAAGUCCUGGUGGAAAAAGUACUGCUGUCUGGCAUAGGGGACGCCGGAGCGGGGGAGGGGCGCUCCAUGUGGAGAACACGUUUGUCCUUCCACAGAAAGAACCCAGCUGCAGCCGAACGAGGUGAGCGAGGACUCGGCGGUCUGGCCACGGCUUGAGGCCAGGUCGCGGUCAGCUCGCCGUCGGACCAGUAGGAGGCGCCGUUCUGCUCGGCUCGCCGGGAAAGGUCAAAGUUCACCGCGUUCGAGCGGCGUCAGAAGAGCAGUGCCACACCUGAAAUCCGAACGCUUCUUCCUCGGUGUUUUAUUGUAAGCAUGACCACGAGGAUCUCUUUAAAGGCAGCGUAACGAGACAUGCUAGACAGCUCAGAUUCUUUGCAACGGAGUGUCGGUGAGCCCGUCUUCGCGGUGCGAUGGAUUGUGGGUUAGCCGCGUUUGACAGCUCUCCUCUUGUUCAAGCAGUGCCUAUUUUCUCCUUACUCCGGAGCCUUCGGUGGACGGUAUUGGCGAGGAGCCACGGAAACGACACGCCGGGAGCGUUUCCGAGGCCCGUCCUCUCGGCGUCCGGCCGUGAAGUCACCCGCCUCCCGUGGAAACGCUUCGCUGCGUUUCGAGACCUUCUAGGGACGUCGUCCCUCGGCGACGUUUGGCACCGAGAUGGAACUCGCUCUGCCAGCUGAAUUCGAUUUCUCGGGCAAGGGUGUUGUGCCAAGCUGGAAAGACGUGCUCCGCGAACGUGGGGCGAACGGGUUUUUUCCCGAGUUUUCACGAAACCUCCCUUUCAGACCGCCGCCUGUGAGGAAACAACGAGCCGCCGUUCCCCGAGAACACCCUCAUCGGUCCAGACGGUGGGAAACUCAAGCUCGGGCGAGGCCCCCAGCGGUCGCCGUCGACACUGAGAAAUGCUUCCAUCUGCUUUCCCGGACUCUUACGUUGCUGCAUGUAUGACUUGGCGAGAUGUAUUUUUCGCCAUAUUCUCUAUGCCUGCUGAACAGCCCGAAAUGUUGCGUAUCGUCUGCUCUCUCGGAGCCGUUAAAAAGACGCACACUCCGAAGGGGCGGAGCUGGAGGCACGAACCGUGCGGGUGCGCACCGUAAUUAGCGCGUUCAACUUGAAGAGAUCGAUUAGCCAUCGAGACGGAGCACAGGUGACGUGCGCGAAGCGUGAGCCUUUUUCCCGCAGCUGUUGGACGAAGGUCGUGCGGCACGGGGAGCCCGGGCGCCUGUCCCGUCUGUCCCGUCCCAUAACCGAGGCGAGUCGAACCCCCGUCCGCACGUAUCGGUCAGCGUAUCGGGAGAGAGAAUCCGGCUAUCGACUGGGCGCGCGGCAGGCAACCGUAGGGCCGUUCGCCAGUUCGCCGGAGAUCCGGCAGCUCCUCCCGGGGUGGUUCUGAGAACGGCGCUGACCGAACCCCUGGUUCACUCCAGCUCCGCUGAGAUCCGGUUCAGGAAUUCAGGUGCUUUUCCGUGUCUACAGCGAUGCGCUCUGCCUCUCAGGGCUCGCAUCCUCCCGCUGCGUCCGGACAGCUUUCCGGAGCAGAUGGUUUCAAAUCCCACUCGUCUCGGUGGCGCCGAGUGCCGCGGUAUCUCGUCACGCGUGAGCUCGGGAGACGCCGGACUCGGACGCCUCGGCGCGGAGUCGCCGGCGAUGACGACGGCUCCUCGAAAGUGAAGGGCGUCGGUAAAACGUUGAGUUUCUCACGCGAGGAGGGGUGCGCGCGCCACGGGACCGGUGUCUCAUCCAGGCCGUGUUUUAUAUUUCAAAGACCGGUUUCAGCUGAAUGCGGGCAGAUCGGAGCGAAACGUGGUAAAAGUGUCAUCUCUUGUGCCCGCUCCCGCAGGACCAAUAGACCAAUGCUGUCAGUACUGUACCCACGAGGUCACGUUCGGACCCCAGCAAAUGGACCAUUUUAUGUAUCAUGUGUACCUGUAGCAAUCGGAGGGCAUCGAAAUAACAGCUUCUUAGCAGGUCAGGCCCACACAAAGAACUGUAUUUUGUUACACAUCUGAAAUAAACCUUUGUUAUACAUAUGGUGCUUUUGUUCUCUCUGUCAUCAUUUUUUUUU